UUGGGCCGCGGAGGAUGGAUUGGGGGGGGGGCAGGAGUGUGUGCAGGGCUGGGGUGAGUGUUCCAGGGAGUGUGCGGUGAGGGGGACGAGGGCCUGCCAAGUCUUGGGGGAAGUGUUGUUCCCGCGGGAAGCAGCUCGGCCCGGGGGACCAGCUGGAGCGGGGGUCGGGUCGGGGAUGGCGGGUACGAGGAGGCCGAAGGCCUUCCAGCGGCGGGCUGGGGGCGACGGCCAGGGGCGGGAAUUGCUGGACGUGCCGAGGCCUACGCUGCUUUGGGGGUAAGGCUUGGGGAUGGGAACCGGUCAGUACGGGAAGGAGCCCCCCCCCCCGCCCCCGCCACCGAUUCCCCCCCCCCCAAGCGCAAUGGAGACGGAGAGGGAAGGAGCGUUGAGGGGGGUGUUACAUGGCUUUUCCUCGGUCUGGGGGAGGGGCCGCGCAGCCGUCUGAGAUGCGCGGUGGGUGUCAAGGAGACGGUUCCUUUCCUUUGGGGUGGGGGUCGAGCCUCAGCUUGGCGGGGAGGAUGGGGGUGGGUAGCCUAGAGCCCAAGUGCUGAGAAGGAGGGGGAGGAGCAGCCCGUGCCGGGGAAGACGCGCUCAGGGCCCUUGGUCUGAACAGGGCUUUUUCUGUUGCCCUUCUGGGGCCACCAUAUCCCGCUCCAGUGCUCCCCCCCCAACUCCUUUGCUGCCUCCUCUGCUCUAUAUUUGGAUGAUUAAUUACAUGUCUUUUUUCCAUCCUCCCCACACACACACUCGCCUGUCGCCCAAAGCCCAUGGUCCCCUUCAAACACCCCCCCCCCAAAUCCUGGCCCUCUUCCCGGAGGCCCCACCCUGUUCCAACUGACACCCUCCAGCGAGCGUAGGCCCAGCCCCAGGGCCACCGGCCCCCUCCAGUCUCCUUGGUCAGUGAAAUAUUUCCUCUUCAACCUCAGACCCGACAUUUUUCUUUUACCAAAGGAUUUCAGAUGGGAUUGCUCGAACAGCAGCACCCCCUCUGGGUUAAUGCUGCUUCACCCCAUCCCCCACCCUCCCUCCCCCCUCUGGGCCUUUAAGUGGAAGCAGCUUGCACGGUGCCUGGCACAGUCCCAUCCAUCCCCCCAAAAUGUCUCAGCAUCUAUAUUUAGAAUCCUAUUGAACAGUGAUUUUCAGCCUUCUUUGGGUGCGAGACCCCUUAGAAAAUCGCUAGAAAGUAUGAAUUCUCUUUCCAGAAAUCGGACAACGCAGAGCGUAGGAUCCCAUUCAGGAGGCUGGCUCCUGAGUGCUGGAGGUGAGGAAGCCUCCAGAACCUAGACCGGCCCAGGGCUAACAAGGCGCAGCCGAUGGCACCCUCAUCCCCUGAAUGCUGGUUGCAAUGCAGAUUUCCUGGCCCCACCCGCACCUGCUACUCCGCCCCUUGAGUUCUUUGAAGACCCCAAGCCGGGUUCUAACCCGCCGAUCCAGCCCUGGACUCCUUGGGAUUCGCACAGCACCCACCACCCCGUUUAGGAUCUUUCGUAGCCGGAGCAGUGUAACGUAAACGAAGCUAUACUUACAAUUUAUUUUGAUUUUCAGUAAGAUAGCACGUGUCUUCUUGGGGAAAUGGAAACAGAACCCUUCCCUCCAUGAAGUACAACAAACACUACGAAAUCCCUUUCCGGUGUACCUUCUGGCUUUUUAUAGAAAGGAAGGAAAACGCAAAGCUAAACAGAGAGGGACAGGUGCCCAGGCAGAGGGAGAGAGGAAAACGGGGAAGACAAGACAGAUGCCUCCCACCCACACACACAGAAAAAGACACACACAGACGCAAACAUCCCAAGAAAAACAGACUUUCCUGGUGAAACACCCUCUCUUUUGGCCCUUUAGGAUUCACUUCCAGGAGCCGUGCAUUUGCACUGUACAGGGUGGACUCAGAUGGGCCUUCCCAGCCACAUCCUGGCAGGACAGGUUGAGAGCCAGUGAGGGCUAAGCCCGCUCCAGCCCAAGGGCUCGGCUCAGCAUCCGCCAAGCCUUGCCUGACCCAGGCGGAUGGGGAUCUCGGCGCUCCGUGUUCCGUCUCGCAGCCUGUCCUUUCGUGGGGCGCUCAUGUCCCGCGUUCCCAGAGGGUGCACCCAAAUCUGCUGUCCCCUCAAAUUAUUUCAGUCCAUCAGGUGGGAUGGUCCCUGCCUAAUUGCUCAGAAUUACUCUGAGAUACUUGCCUCUUGGGUAAGUCUGGGCGUUUACAGACCCCCACGGGCUGGCCUUAAACCUGGCCGUACCCUUAGAAGACCCCAGGAGAGGGACUGCGAGAUGGUGAGAAGGAUCGUUUUGGUUCUGGAAGCACUUAUGUUUUCUUAUAUGCCGGUGUUGUUGGACCAUCUUUGCCCAGAGACGGUUCUCUCCAUCUAAGCAACACAACCCAAGAUAGAACAGCUAGCCAGUAAGGAGGAUUGGGAAUCCAGCUGAUUAAUAGGAUGGGUUAAGGUUAGGUUCGGGAUGGGAGAGGGAGCUGAAGGCACCCAUCUGAAUUAGACGGUGGAGAAUGUGGUCCCUUGUGUGACCUGUAAAGACACCCUCGAGGCAUUUUGCUCUGGCCCAGAACUGAAGCGAACACCCUGAGCCUCCUCGUGCUCUGGGGACUGAGAACAUUCUGCCUCAGGUCCUCGUUUAGAUGCUCCAGGGAGUCCAGGUGAUUCUGGCACCCCUUUGAAGUUGCUGGGAGCUGCCAGAUCUGGUUUGGGUGGCCUCGCUUCCUCUCCCCUGCCCUCCCUGCCUAGGGCAGGGUGGCCCCUGCUGAGAAGGUUGCUUGGCUACCUGUACCAUGGAGUCAGUCGAAUGCCGAUCUGUUAGGCUCAGAGGUGAUCAGAAGACACCUUAGGUAUUCACUGCUUUUUGUGACAUGGGUUGGCUUUUGUCUCCAUGGAAUUCACCUCCUAAUUUCUGUUCUUUCAGAGCAAAGUGGAAUGAUUAUUUUGGUUCCCAGUGUUUCUGAUUGCAUACGGAAAGCUGCAUUUAAAUAAGUUGGUUAAAAGUUCUGCUGCCCUGUAACGCACAGAUCAGGAACGUUUGUUCACUCACAUGAACUCUCAUGUUUUAGGAAGCACAAUUUUUCAGAUUUUCGGGCAGUGGCUUACAGCAACCUUGGCAGGGCCUUCGCUCUCUGGGAGCGUGUGGUCGUCCGACUGCGCUUCAGGUCCCACUUGAAGAAGGAAGAGCAUGUUGUUUCUAUGAAGAGGCAAAGAUUUGUUUUCCCAUAGUCUUUCUCCCAACUUCCAUUUCCCGGCUGGGUAAAGGAAUGCGCUUAGGAGAUUGGGGCGUGCUUUUCCGUGGAGACAGAGAGGGUGAUGCUGACCUCGAACGUGAAGCGCUUUCAUAUUUUGCCUGGAAUUGCUUUGACCUUGAUCUCCCAAGGUCCACGUUGGGAAGGCAAUGGACACCUGUUUGGGUCCCGGAGUCCAGCUUCUCUUCCAGAUGCGUUCCACCGUUUUCAAGGAGAGCAGUUGGACAACAUGGCUUCUGAGUCAUCAGAUUGUCUUUGGGGUUGAUCAGGAUUUUAUUUUUAACCGCAGUGGGAUUCAUACGGGUAUCUUUUUCAAUGCUCUUCCUUUGCGUGUCCUAAAGCUUUUAUACCAGGUGAAUCAUGCCGUUUAGCUUCCUUUUGUGUGUCCCGGGGGCCCUGACACUGUGGGUGGUGAUCCAAAGUCCCCCAGGCAAGGCUGGUACAGGAAGGGCCACUCCUGUUGCUACACAGGAAAGGGUAAUUAACAAUUCGCUUGGAGGUUGUGGCUCCCGGACUUCAACAGUUAAUCAUGCCAGUUAAGUGAAGACACUUCGGUAGGAUCUGCUCGAUUAAAUGGGACGCUUCUCGAGGAACUGCUCAAUGAAAUGAGGGGUGUGCCUGUGGCGCCGUGCAGGUCUAAGCCGGCAUAGUCUUGGGCGGAUUUAAAGCCAGUCCCCUACACCCGUGUAUACCACAAGGCUUUGAGGAUGCUCAGUGGCUACCUGGUGUUAGACGGCACCUGGCUGCAGACCACUUCUCCUUUAUCGGACGGAUGCGGUUCAAAACGUCGCCAAUGUUGGGAGCUAGACCUUAGGCAAAUUGCUUAACCUCUCAGAUCCAUGACUUCCUUCUGCGAGCGAUGGAGGUGGGAGAAACACGGUGCCAGACGCACAGCAGGGGCUUCGUAAACGGAGGUCUGCUGCGUUUAACACAGCCUAGCCCGCGCAGUUUCGCACAUGCCCGCUGGGGGCUGGGAGCUGCUGCAGAGGCUGGGGGCUCAGGGGAGACCAUGAAAGAGAGACGUGACAUUUCUCGCAGGGAGAGUCAGAUAAAACCAAGCCGUUUUAGGUGGUGAAAAGUGUUACAGGUAAACCCUCGUGGAGCUGCAGAGUGAACACACUUUGAGGAGGUGUCACUCGAGCGAGGCUCGAAUUCUUCUUCGAAGGAGCCACCUGCAACAGGUUCCAGAGGCCCUGAGGUGUGUCGCCUUGGUGGGUUUAGGACAGAAUGAAGGCCGAGUGUCCGGCUCAGCCAGGCCUCGUAAGGGGUCAGGGCCUUAGGUCUCUGGCCCGAAGGCAGCGAGACGAGGCUCGUUAUUGACCCUCUUCCUCCGAAGGUGAAGGUGAGAUGUGCCGCUCUCCCUUCCAUGUGGCAACAAAACCCCAGUGUCAGUUGAAGUGCAUUUUGCAGAAUGAGUCGUCUAAGUCAUCUCUGACCAGUUCUUCUUGUUUGAGAAAAACCAGAGUCAAACCAACUGCUCAGAGGGUGUCCUGCCCAGGUGACAGUAGGAUGCAGAGGGCUCGGCUGCUGGGCACCUGGGGCUCCCCUCACACGCUGGGGAGCACCUGUGCUGGGCAGCCGGUUAAAGACGGGAGAUGGGUUUUCCAUGGAUGUUGGGGCCAAAGCAGGCCUUCGGCUUACACCUGUCAUGGUACUGAGAGCUUGGGAGGAUGAGCCCAGGAAGUCACCCAGCCAUGGGCCUGUCUCCAAGCUUUCUGGAGCUGCCCAGAUGCUCCUGCCAGCCCCACUCUGCUGUGCCUGCCUUUCCUGUGCGGGCACCUGAGAAUGAUGACCAGCUUCGAGGGCCAGUCUCAGUUGUGCCCUUGGCCUCUGCCCUGUCCUCGCACACGCUGAGCUUUUUUCUUCUCCAAAGUCUCCCCAUAUCUUUUAAAAUGUUAAAAUCUUUCUUGUUCCUUUUUGGUUACCAAGAAAUGUAGCUUGGUUGCUGUGAUGUUUUAAUAAACAGCUACUGCCUGUCUACAGUCUUCUUUGAAGGGUUCAGAUUUUUGUGAUCUGCUCUGUGUCAUCCUGCAUUGGCCACCUGUUGAUUUUUUUUUUUCAUUUACUUAUUUUUUAUUUUUUGUGGGGUUUUUUUUCCUCCUACCACCUCUUGAUUUUAUGCUUAAUUUCUCCAGUUUUCUUCAUGCUCUGAGUUCUAGGGUUCUUCAAGAAGGAAACCCUUCCUGUUGCUUAUAGUAUAUUGUUUUCCAUCCUAUCUCUGUCUUUACAUUUAAAGUCUUUAUAUUCAAAGUUUCUUGUAGACAACAUAUAGGUGAGUCUCUCUUUUUUUAAUACAAUCUGAUAAUCUCUGUAUUUUAAUUGGUGUGUAUUUAGUCCAUUUAUAUUUAACUUCAUUAUCUGUAUGGUUAGAGUUAAGUUUGCUUCUUGGUGGUUGUUUCCGUUUGUCCCAUCUAUUCUUUUUUUUUUUUUUUCACUCAAAUGAAGUUAUCGCAUCUGUAGUUGUAUAAUGAUCAUCACAAUCUGAUUUCACAGGAUUUCCAUCCCACAGCCCAAGCACAUCCCCCCCACCCCCCAAACUCUCCUCCGGAGACCAUAAGUUUUUCAGUGUCUGUGAGUCCGCAUCUGUUCUGCAGAGAAGUUCCGUCUUUGUCCCAUCUAUUCUUUUCCCUUUGUUUUUCACCUUUCUUCUUUGGAAUUAUUUUUUAGAAUUGUAUUUUAUUUCCACGACUGGCCUUCAUCAGCAUCUUGGAGGGCUUCCUACAUUUUAUUUCUACGUAUGUUAUAAACCCCACACUACCUUCUUAUACUUGCUUGAAAUGUUCGAUUAUCUCUUAAAGUAAUUUAUAUUUCUUCACACAUUUACGUUCCUGGUGUUAAUACCUCCGUGAUCCAAGUUUCCGUCUGAUGUCAUUUUCCUUCACCUAAAGAACUUUCUUUAAUGUGUCUUAUAGUACAGGUCUGCUGUUGAGAGACUCUCUCAGCUUUGCUUUGUCUCAAAAAAAGGUUUUAUUUUGCCGUCAUUUUUGAAGGAUACUUUCCCUGAAUAUAGAAUUCUCGGUUGAUAGGUUUUUUUCCCCCUUUGGCGCUUUAAAAAGGUCAUUCAGUUGUUUUCUGCCUUGCACAUUUACUGAUAAGAAAGUCGGCAGUUAUUCUUAUCUUUGCUUCUCUGUAUGUUAACAUCUUUUUUCCUUCCCGCUGCUUUACGAUUUCGUCUUUAUCACUCGUUUUCAUCAGUUUGAUUAUAAUGUGUCUUACCGUACAUAUGCGGGUUCAGGGGGUUGCUUUUUGUUUGUUAGUCUUGCUGGGGGUUGAUCGGGCUUCUUGGAUCUAGGUUUCAUCAAAUUUGGAAAAUAAUACAUUUUAGUUGUUAUUUCCUCAAUUGUACUUUUCCUCAUCUCAGAUCCCAGUUACAUGUAUGUGAGACCACUUUCUGUUAUUGCCCAAAUCACCGAAACUCUGUUUUUAAAUUUUUUUUUUUUUUUCUGGGCUUCCUUUGGGAUAGUUUCUAUGGCUAUGCCCUCAAGUUUUCUAAUCUUUUACAGGGGUUUGGGGAGGGCUCUGUCUAAUCGACUGUUAAUCACAUCCAGCAAAGUUUUCAUUUUAAAUAUUGUGGUUUUCAUCUCAAAGAGCCAAAAGUCCCAUUUGGCUCUUGUUUAUGUCAUCCAUUUCUUUAAUUAUGUUUGUAUUUUUCUUUCAAUUCUUAUACAUAGUUAAGUGAGCUGUUACCCUCAUCUGUGAGGUCUAUCAGUGAUCAUUGCCCAGUGUUGCUAUUGACAUUAUUUUCCUUUCCAUGAGUCGGAUUUUCCUGCUUCUGGGCAUUGGCAUCGUUUUUUGUUUUUUUUUUGUUUGUUUGUUUGUUUUUGGUUUUUGGAUGUUACUCAUUGUAGAGAUUAUGUUGUUGAGUGUCUGGAUUUUGUUGUUUCACUGUGAAAAGUGUUGGACAUUGUUUUGGAAGGUAGUUAUUGGUGGAACAGUUUCAUCUCUUCAAGACCACCUUUUAAGCGUUUGUAGAGCAGCUCCAGGGUAGCUGUGGCUCCAGGGAUAGAUGGGCCCUACCUCUAAAGCAUAUGGCCCCUCUGAUUCUGUACUUAAUACCCCAGGUGGUCACUGAGGACUCUCUGCUCUGGUUGCUUGGACCCUGAACAUCUGCCUACCUUUGUGUGUCCUAGGAACUGUUCAGCUUGCAGCUUCUGGAUCAUUCUUUCCCGAGUUUUUCAGAGCGUCACUCUAUGCAUGCAUAGCUUGGUAAGAAAGACUCAAGGGGUGUCUCAUGCAGGUUUUUUUAGAGCUCUUUUUUCUGCAUAGCUCCCGCCUUUCUGGAACUCUGCUCUGCAACUUCCAACUGCCUCAGCUUCCCUGAAUGCUGGGCUGUGUUGAUGAUGAAGUCACCAGGCUUUGCUUGGGUCCCCCUUCCCUACACUCUUUCAGGAAUCCUAGUCCUGUGCUGCCCGCUGUCCAACGCCUAAGAGCUGUUGUUUAGCAUCUAUGUUGGUUCCGUUUUCUACUUAUGGCAGGACAUUAAAUCCCCUCCUUGUUACUCCAUCGUGGCCAGAAGUGGAAGUUUCUGUCCAUCCUUUUUAAUGUAACAGCUAAUUUUAUGUAAAAAUCUUUCUGGAGUAUCGGGGGUGUAUACUCCUUAAGGCAGUGUAAAAAUGCUUCCUUGGAGAGUUCCCGUCGUGGCACAGUGGAAACGAAUCCAACUAGGAACCAUGAGGUUGUGGGUUCGAUCCCUGGCCUCGCACAGUGGGUUAAGGAUCCAUCAUUGCUGUGAGCUGUGAUGUGAGUUGCAGACGCGGCUCGGAUCUGGUGGUGGUGUGGCUGUGGCGUAGGCCCACAGCUACAGCUCCGAUUGGACCCCUAGCCUGGGAACCUCCAUAUGCCGUGGGUGCGGCCCUAAAAAGACAAAAAAAAAAAAGAGAGAGAGAGAGAGAGAGAAAGAAAAGAAAAGCUUCCUUUGGUUUAACUGUGAACCAAACCGACCUGACAUCGGACCAGUAACUGUGUUCCUGUCUGUGACCUGACUGAAGUGGGGGGCCUGUGAUGCAUGCACACCUGUGACGGGCUCUGAAAGAAAAGGAUUCGGUGACAUUUGCCAGCGUGGCACAGUACUUCACCAAGAGGGAGUGGUUGAGGCUGGACCCUGAGCAGAGGACAGCGGCGCCUUGAAGGAAUGUGACCUCUGCGGGAGUUCCUGUUUGGAAUCCGGCCUCUGUCUCUCCCCGUCCUCAUCAGCCCAUCCCGGGCGGUGGAUCGAGCUGGGCAGCCUGAAAGCAUCUGGGUGACCCCACCGCGGACGAUGGGUGAAGACGCCCAGUCGCAGGAUACGGCGUCCACCAGCUCCCCGAGGGCGGGCGAGCCCAGCGCCGAGGUCAAACAGAGCGGGGACUCGGAGGGGCGGGGAGGGAGCCCGCAGAACCCGCCUGUGGAGCAUCACUUUGCCUGUAAAGAGUGUGGGGAUGCCUUUCGGCUCAAAGUCCUGCUGGUGCAGCACCAGAGAAUUCACAGCGAGGAGAAGGGCUGGGAGUGCGGCGACUGCGGGGAGGUCUUCCGGGGGGCGUCGGAGUUCAACGAGCACCGCAAGAGCCACGCGGCCCCCGAGCCCCGGCCCGGCCCCAGCCGCGCCCUGGAUGAAGCGGCGGCGAAGGGGGAGCAGAUGGAGAGGGAGGCGAAGCCCUUCGAGUGCGAUGAGUGCGGCAAGAGGUUCAAGAAGAACGCGGGCCUCAGUCAGCACCUGCGUGUGCACAGCAGGGAGAAGCCCUUUGGCUGCGAGGAGUGUGGGCGCGCCUUCAAAGUGAACACCCACCUCUUCCGACACCAGAAGCUGCACACCUCGGAAAAGCCCUUCGCCUGCAAGACGUGCAGCCGGGAUUUCCUGGACCGCCAGGAGCUGCUCAAGCACCAGCGAAUGCACACCGGCCACCUGCCCUUCGACUGCGACGACUGCGGCAAGUCCUUCCGAGGGGUCAACGGCCUGGCCGAGCACCAGCGCAUCCACAGCGGGGCCAAGCCCUACGGCUGCCCGCACUGCGGCAAGCUCUUCCGGAGGAGCUCGGAGCUCACCAAGCACCGGCGCAUCCACACGGGCGAGAAGCCCUACGCGUGCGGCCAGUGCGGCAAGGCCUUCCGGCAGAGCUCCAGCCUCCUGGAGCACCAGCGCAUCCACACCGGCGAGCGGCCCUACGCCUGCGGCGACUGCGGCAAGGCCUUCCGCGGGCCCUCCGACCUGAUCAAGCACCGGCGCAUCCACAGCGGACUGAAGCCCUACGAGUGCGACACGUGCGGGAAGGCCUUCCGCAGGAGCUCCGGCCUGAGUCGCCAUCGCAGGACCCACAGCGGAGCGAGGCGCUGCGAGUGCAGCGAGUGUGGCCGCGUGUUCAAGAGGCGGUCGGCGCUGCAGAAGCAUCAGCCCAGCCACCACGAGUAAGACCGGCCGCAGCCCCACGGCUGCCGGCCGCCGGCCGCCGGCCGAGGCGCCCAGGGCCCUGGGCGAGGGGGGCAGAGUCAAAGGAGAUGAACCGUUUUGUAGCGCUUACACAUUUGUCGUCGGAAAGGUUGAAGCCAACCUCUACUGCCACCAGCAAUUUAUAAGUGUCCGUGUUUCCCCUUUUGCCUAUGAGAGUAGCUUCUAGCAUUUCGAUGGAUUCCGGCUGCUUCAGCUGGCCUGAGGUACCUUCCAGGUCGUGCAAUCCACAGGCCUUGAACCUGAGAGAGAGAGAAGAGAAGCCUGGCUGUGGGGGUGGAGGUGGGGUUCGUCGGGGGACACCGAGACCCGCAGCUAUUCGGGGAUGGCCUUGAGAGAGCGAAGCCAACCUUCCCGAAGAGAAGCUCGCCCCAGACUGCUUUGACCUACUUGAAUUUAUAAAUUUUUAGGGCUGUAAAUAGGACAAUCACAUGUCUGAUAAAGAUUUAAUUUAUUAAUUUAGUGAUACAUACAUAUUGUAAAUUGCAUAUGACAUAGAAUAAUAUAUUAAUUCAGAAAAUCAUUCCCUUUUUCCCUAGCGCCGCUCCAUGAGGUCACUUAACUCUAACUCCUCUUACACAUUCCUAACCUCACCGCCUUCACCAGCCUCAGAGUCCCUUUGGCGUCAUCGGUUCCAAAGCACAUCCAGUGGCUUCCAUCCAUCCGAGCUGUGGGCCAUGUAGCACUGUGACAAGGCUCUCGCUAGAAGUCGCCUCCCAAGCCAUAAGUACAUGUUCACGUGACAUUAGAAUGAUUGCUGUUGUUGUUGUUUCAUUAAACUGAAGGUGUUCCUUUUUUGAAACGACCUCUCACCGACUUCGUGAAAGCAUCUCAAGCGACACUGUCACUGAGAGGGCCUGCGCUUAAGAAAAAGCACUGAAUCGGAGUUCGGUUGCUCUCGUGGCCCUUUCUCUUAAGCCCGUGCCAUCUGGUGACGCCCAUCCACAUCCAGAGCUACCACCGACCGGGGUUCGUUUCGGCCUCAUGGGUCUUGUCCUCCAGCAGCACUCCUGGGUUCAAAACAAGGUAGGAACGUCUCAAGGACUCAAGGGUGAGGUGGCGCCUCCUCUUCGGAACCCGCAGCCUCUCCUCAGGUGGGGCCCAGCUGGUAUUUCGCCCAGCCUCCAUGUCCCCCUCCGGGAAAUGAACGUGAUCACGGGACGACCUCCGAAGCUCCCCGCAAGGACCGCGGUGCCGCCCGCGCCCGGCUCGGAGGCACGCGCUCGGCGAAGGGCCUCGGCCGUCAUCGUCGUUGUCGUCGCUGUUGUUCCGUGACUCCUGGGGACAGACCCAGGCCUCCUGACUCCUGGUCUCCUCUUCUUUGUCUCGCGCGAUGACUUCAAAUACUGUUUCCGUUGUCUUGCAUGCGAAUCGUAUGUUCAUCUCCUUUGACCAAUUACCGAGUUCCCUUUGGAUAUAUUGACUUUAGACAGCAGUUCUUUCUUCAUCGACUGUGAUGAUGGCCUUUCCAGUUUUAUUGCUUUGCUCGUGUAACAGGUUUAUUACAUUUCUGUUGUGCCAGCUUUUGAUUUUCACGUAUCCAGCAUUCAUAGGUGUCGGCUACGCCGUAGCUUCCAUUGCUUCAGUAGUUACAGGUGAUUACAUUUUUUUCUAGAAUUUUAAUUACAAAUGAAAAGUUGAAAGCCCUGCCCCACCAGAAGCUGGAUGUGCCAGGCGGGCAGGCUGGAUGGAAAUGGGCCAGAGACGCAGGCUCGCUCAUCCAAGACGCAGGCCGCACAUCUGUGGGCAGUGCUGGACUAUCCAGCCUGGCCACUCAGGCCCUCGAGAGGAAUUUCCAUCUCGAUUGGCCAGCGCACUCUGACUGUUCCUCAGUAGAGCCCUGGCCGUCAGCCACAGGGCCGGGCCUCACCUCCAUCAAAGGGGUGGUCCAAACUUGGUUGGUCUUGGCGGCAGCAGGCCGAGGCCUUGGCCAUGCUUGGCGUGGAUUCAGUGCCUGAGCAGUGGAUCCACCCGAGAGACAUCCCAAACACACGGAGACUCACUCGAGGGACGCUGUCACGUGGAUGGCCUCCUCCUCCUCCUAGCGAGGGACCCUGGAUCUAGAAAGAGCUCGGUUUGGUGGCUUCCGCUUUCGACAACUAGGGGGAACUUCACCCGUGUGUUCUGACAUCCCCUCCUGCGGCCACACCUUAGAGGGGCAAAAGAGCAAAGGCUCGGAGAAGAACCGCGCCCCUCUGAAGGCUGCGCCACGCCCGGGCUGUGACUUGCAGCAGCCGUGCCCAGGAGGGGCACCAAAAGGCGGGUUUGGAGGGCACCAACGCCCUUCUGACAAUGGCCUGUGUGGCAUAGAAAUAGAAGUUGGUCAUCCUGGGGCUGGGCUGUCACUUCCGCCAGCCCCCCACCCCCCACCCCGGGAGGAACGGCAGCAAGGGCCGGCCAGCAACCUGGCCCCUCCAGUGGCCUGGAGAGCCCGCAGGCAGAAGCCAGCCUCGCUGUGCCGUGACUUCACAGCAGCUGGGCCUGGGGUAGAGGGGGCGCUCGAGGACUUGCCGAGGAAGCGGGCCCUUCUGAUGGGCCCCCCGAGGCUGGGAAGCAGGGUCCCACAGUGACCCUGUGACCUUAGCUAGAAGGUCCUCUGGAAUGGCCUCCGGGCCACGGCAGUGUCUCUCUGCGACAUCUCCAUCCUGAGCCCCGGGCUGGAGAGAAGCUGACGGCACUUGUUACAUAGCGAUUCUUUUUGCUCUGGGGGCCUCAGUCCUUGCAGUCGUUGUGAAUCUGUGUCUGAAAUCACUGCUUCCCUCUCUCUUUUCAAGCGGUUAUGACGUAUGUGCUACAACUGUCAUUUGGGAGCGAGCGCGGACGGCCGCGGGGAGGGGGGCGUCUGGCACCUUUGCAGGAAACACCCUGCCAUUUGUUGCCCGGGUCUUAGGAAAGAUCCAGAUGCAGUAUUAACUUGGAACCUAGCAUCGUGGGCAUCACCGCUCCAUGUGUCUCCGGCCAGGACGCGGCAUCUUGGCAUCCGUCAUACCUUCUUUUUUUUCCCAUUCUCAGUUCUAUGAUUUUCUCUCAAACCAACUGUCCUCCAGAGCGAACGCAGCUUUUCCACCCUGUGUUUGCGGGUGAAGUCUGUGCGCUCUGCAAACGCAAGCAGUCUGUGGCUUUAACGUGUGUCCUGUAGUUGUGCCGAGUCCAGGCUUUGCCCUAGGUCCCUGGGGGGUGGCUUUCCUGGGACUCUAGGUGUACCGCUACGUCAGAUGCAAAAUGUGACCAGGCUUCCUGUCGCGUGUGCUCGUCUAUGCAUUCGUGGAUCUACCUCAUCUCAUUUUUCUUUCUAAUCACAAAGGCAAACGGAGAGCAGGUGGCUUACCCAGAAUGCCGGCUCUCAUGCGAAAUGUGUCCUUUUCUUAUAUCCUGGAACCGUCCAUUGCUUUUAUUAAAGUUUGGGAUACUUGCUGAAAUUUUCAAAAAGAAAGUAAUUGUUUACCACUUUUGCUGCUUAAUAUGAUUAACUGUGUGGAUUAGUUGUAACCUGCCCACUGUUGCAUUUUCAAAAUGAGCCCCACCCAGUCUUGGUGGGCACCUUUCUUGGUGUUGUGCUCUGCGUGCCCGGGCUCCCCUUCCCCUGCCCUCGUUGUGUGUCACGUGACCCCCACCCCACUCCAGGCUACGUUCCUUCAGUCAGAACUCAGCACCUGCCUUGGGGGCAGCAACUAGUCGACAGAGCUGGAGACGUCGGGGCUGGGCCUUUCGGGUUCUCCAUCAGUGAAGAAAACUGAGAGAGAAGUUUCUGGCUGGUGCUGGAAGAAAGGGGGAGCCACGAGGGAUCGAGAGGAGUUGCCCCCAUGGGCAGCACCGGCUUGAAGGUCUGUGGGCUCCUGCUGGGCACCCAGAGCCGUCCCAGGGUGGCCCGCCCUGUUACGUUCUAGGGUUUCAAGCAACUGCCCUGACUGGGCUGCCUGUGUCCCCGCCAUAGAGUCCCCUGACCCGAGCCAGCUUGAGUGGGUCUCUGCUUUUUGCAGUCUGUCGAGAGCAAUUGCAUUUUACCAUUUGGCUGCUUCCCGAGACGAAUCACAUGGCUGGCCUUCCUCCCGUGCUACCCCGUGGCCCUCCGUCCAGGACCAAGGCCCCCUUCCCCCCCACCGGCUGUCGUGAACACCUGUCUUAGAUGUGGUCCUAUAUUCGGUUCGCUAAGAUGAGUGAAAACCUGUGCCCUCUGGUCUCCAUGAGUUUGACCAAUGCUUCUCUGUCUGGGCAUUGUUCCUGUCCUGCCCCAUGGUUGCCCCGGGAAAUGAGUUCAAUCACCACCGCCUACCCUGUUCUCUCACCACUUCCAGCAAAUCCGUCAGAUCGGGGAGUUGAUAACCUCUGUAUGGCUCGUGUACUUUCGUUCUGUGGUUCUCCUUGCACCCGUUGGGCUGUUUACUUUCAAAAGGUGACAUGGUCUCUUUAAACAUGGCCUUCAAAGUUACUUGCAUAUCUGAGAACAGCUGUGUCCUGCCCCAGUUUGUAUUUGGGUUGUUGGCGCUCUUUUCUCCUUCCUCCCCCGUCUCCUUAACUUAUCUGUCUUACGGCACUUACUAUAAUUGGCCUUGCACUAGAGCUUCGCCCGCCCCCGCCCCCGCCCCCGCCCCACCCGUUAGAUUGUGAGCUCUUAGAAGACAGGGGUGGCCCCUCGUGUCCGAUGCCCCUACCAGACCUAGCACAGUGCCUUGCAUCAAGUAGAUUUCAAUAAAUAUAUGUUAAAUGGCA